AUGAAGAGCUGGAGCACCUAUGAAGCAGUUGCUGCUGGAUCCAUUACAUUAUCCGUCGUCUCUGUACUUAUCCUUGCCGUUAUUACACCCUCACUGCUACUAAAAUCGUCCAAUGAAGUCCACAAUAUUGAUUUCAAGGCAAAGAAGUACAAGGAGGAUACAACAAGGAUCUGGAGGGAGCUUCAGCUCCUGCUAGACGUCGAAAAGCAAGGAAGUGGGCCAAUAUUCUUUUCGAGGACAAAAAGAGCCCCAUGGUCAGCAGGACGGCUUGACGGAUGCAUAGGUGCGUUGCAACGCUUUGACGUGCCCGCAGGGUUUGCCUGGCGCACCUGGAGAAUCUGGCGAAGACGGUCUGCCCUGGCUUACCAGGUAACCCCGGUCCAUCCGGAAACGAUGGUUACGAUGUCGAAUUGGCACCAGAAGACGAUCUGCCCUGCACCAUUUGUCCCAGUGGCCCACCAGGACCGAGAGGCCCACAGGGAGAGAGAGGAAUGCCAGGAUUUCCCAGGACUUCGUGGUGAGGGUGGUGGUCCAGGAAAUCCAGGAGUAGAUGGUCCCAUGGGUUUGGAAGGAUACAAAGGCCCUCCUGGAAUGGAUGGGCCGAUGGGUAACGUAGGGGAGCCUGGAGAUAUGGUAAUAGCUGGCGUCGGAAUUAAAGGUCCUACUGGACCUCCUGGACCAGUAGGAACUCCUGGAGAAUCCGGUCCCACCGGUCCUGCAGGGAACGUUGGAAAACCUGGAGAAGAAGGACCAUUUGGACCACCAGGAGAUCCAGGCAUGCCUGCUUCUUACUGCCCUUCGGACUGCGGUGUAUCUCACAUUGUCGCACCCAUUAGUCAGGCAAAGAAGGAAGACAACUAUGUGGAGAAUUACAGACGCCUACGAAAGUUCAAUUGA